AUGCUGGGAACUUCUGAGGCAAUGGCUUUGGGCACACAACUUGGCCUCGACCCUAGGACCCUGGCCACUGUGCUCAAUGCCAGCACAGGACGCUGCUGGAGCUCAGAGAUCUACAAUCCGGUACCUGGUGUUUUAGACGGUGUGCCAGCAUCACGCAGCUAUCAAGGAGGCUUUGGCACCGCUCUAAUGACUAAAGUUGGUAUUAGUGUAGGGCGAAAUGACAUGAUUUAA